AUGGGCUGGCAGGUGAGCGUCACGACCUUCUGCCGCAUCUCGCUGUCCACCAUCAGCACGGCCUUCCUGGGCCGCCUGGGCUCGACGGAGCUGGCGGCCAGCGCGCUCGCCAACGUCUGGACGGGCGGCGUGCAGAUCCUCAUCUUCGGCUUCGCAGUGUCGGUGUGCACGCUAUGUGGUCAGGCCUACGGGGCCAAGAACUACCGGCUUGUAAGCGUGUGGCUGCAGCUGGCGCUGCUCUUCCUGCUGGUACUGUCCGUGCCUGUCAUGGUCUCGUUCUUCUACGUGGACCGGAUCCUGAGCGUCGUGACGGAUGAUCGCGAGGUGCUGGCGAUGGCCGACACGUACGCACGCUAUCUUGCGCCCAGCGUGCUGCCCCAGGCGAUUUACUGUGUGCUGAGGCAGUACUUGCAGGCGCAGGAGAUCGUUCGACCGGCGACAAUCAUUAGUAUUGCCAGUGUGGCGGUGUCAUUGAGCUCGAACUACGUCUUCAUCUACGGUUGUGGAUCCAUCCCCGGGCUCGGAUUUGUCGGCGCGCCUAUCGCGCAAACUGUGUCCUCAAUCUUCCAGCCCACGGCGCUGGUGAUAUACGCGUUCUGGUACAAGGGUUACCACAAGAAGACGUGGUUUGGAUUCGAUUUUCGUGGCUGUCUGCAGUGGGAGCGCGUCCGCACCUUCGCGUAUCUGUCGGCGGGAAUGACGAUUAACCUCGCCUUGGACGAAUGGGUCUACAAUGUGAUCUCAGCCCUUGCGGGAUCUCUCGGCGCGUGGAAUUUGGCGGCGAACAGCAUCCUAUUCAACUUGUGGGGGCUCAUUUUCGGCGUUUACUGGGGCUUCGGCUUGCCAACGCAGGUUCGUGUGGCAAACUUCUUGGGGGCGAACCGCCCUGUGGCUGCAAAGCGCACACUUCACGUCGGCUUCGUUCUCGGAGGCCUGACAGCGUUCGUGUCGGCGCUGCUGACGUACGUAUUCCGCGACCCGAUCGCGGGCUUCUUCACUCACGACCCGACUGUAGUUGCCGCCAUCACCAGCACGAUGCCGAUCUUCUGCGCGGCUGUGUUCGUCUCUGGGCUGCACGUGAUCAUGUCGGCCGUGGUGGAAGCAAUGUCGCUCGCGACUACCCUGGUGGUCAUCACAACGAUCGGAUCAUGGGUCGUUAUGCUCCCGGCCUCGUAUAUGAUGGGACUUCAGUGGAACGGCGGACUGCACGGGCUUUGGUGGGGCAGUCUCUGGGGCGAGACUGUCAAGUUCACUCUGAUGGCGCUCGCGCUGUGGCACAUCGACUGGCGCAAGAUGGCUCGACGCGCUGUGAUCCAGUCGGAGGGCGACGUUCUGACCGAGGAGGAGCUGGAGGAAGACGUGCUGCUGCGCUCCGAGCUCGUGCUUCCCUCCACACCCACGAUGGCGGGCACGACUCCCGUGCUGGCCAUCCUGUCAACGCCACCGCGCGUGCACCACCACCACCACCAUGUUGUUGUCGGCGACUCCGGGGCUAAGAGGAAUAUACGGCGCAGCAACUCGUACGGCUCCGUGAGCGCGCUCCACAACAUCAAUCGGGAGCAGUAA